AUGGAGCCACUAAGAGGAAAUGAGUCUUUUCACAAAUAUUUCAUCCUCAACAGUUUUAAUGAACUUGGUGCCCUGAGGCCGGUCCUCUUCUUCCCUUUCUUCAUCAUGUUCGUCCUGUCACUGUUGGCUAACUCCCUGCUGCUGUACGUCAUCAUAUCACAGAGAAGCCUCCACUCACCGAUGUACAUCCUCAUCGCCGGCAUGGCCUGCGUGGAUCUGAGCCUUCCACUGUUCUUCGUUCCCAACAUGCUGCUGAACUUCCUGUUUGACUGGAGGGGAAUCUCUCUGAUUGGCUGCCUUGUUCAGAUGUAUUUCAUUCACUUUUUUGGAGCUUUUCAGUCCACGUUGUUGGUUUGGAUGGCCCUGGACCGAUACUUUGCCAUCUGCACUCCACUCUACUACCAUGAACACAUGGCUUUACCCAGGUUUCUCAAGUUUGUGAUCCCUCUUCUGAUCAGAAAUGUCUUCAUGGUCUCACUUGUAGUAAGUUUGGCAGGAUUAUUACCAUUCUGUCUCAGAAAUGUGAUAGACCACUGUUUCUGUGAGCACAUGGCCUUGGUGGAGCUGGCCUGUGGAAGCACCAUCGUCAACAGUCUGGUGGGGUUGAUCUCUGUGUUCCUUAUCCCUGUGGCAGACUUCAUCAUUAUCGCUGUCUCCUACAUCAUCAUAUUCAGCUCUGUGCUGAGGUCUGGAAAGUCAAGGGUCAAAGCUCUCCACACCUGUGUGACCCACAUUGUGGUCAACACUGUCAGUCUAUCCAUCAUACUCAUAGCAUUCCUGUCCUAUCGGAUCAGAAAUGGUCUCCCUGCAGCCAUUCGGGUUUUCAUCAGUAUCAUGUAUCUGUUCUUUCCGAGCUGUUUCAACCCCAUCAUCUAUGGCAUGAGAACAGCUGAGAUAAGACAGCACAUUGUGAAGAUGCUCUCAUGGUAUAACUUUGUCCAAACUGGCCCCAAUUCUUUACAAAACUAUUAA